AGUUAGCUCCACUACACAAUGUACAGCCCUUUGCUCUUUGUCCUGUAGGUGGCGGUACUUCCGAUUUGAUUCCACCAACGCCCUUGAUCGACCAUAGAAGAAGAAAUUUGAGAUUCCGCGGUAUUGUUUGGAUUUAAAUAAGAGAGACGAGCUUUACUUUGUGCGUUCCUUUGCUAGUUAUCCGAAUAGAGAUGUAUUAUAACAAGUAUUAGGAUAAACAUUGUCAAGAGAUAAGUAUGUCGUCAACUUUAAUUAGUGCGCCCACUGAUAAAACUAUGAUAAUUACUUCAAAAGAGAAGGAAAACACAAGGAUGGGUAACGUUAAACAGACGGCAUCUGUGUAUGCAGCCAAGAUAAAGACGAAAAUCCACAAUACAUCAUCAUUCUUUAAGCUGUCUUUGAAAACCAACAACAAGGCUCUUGCUCUGGCUCUGGUGGCACAGAAACAUAGAAGCAGAGAGAUGGAGACCGAGGUUGUACGGCUGAGAAAAGACGUGCAGGCACUUGCUUUUGAUCUUGCCUUUCAGCGUCAUAAAAACAGACAGUUGUUUUCCAUUAUACGUGAGUUUUAUGACUCCUCCCUUAACUGGAUGACAAAAGCAGUGGAUAUUUUCAACGAGGAAGAUGCUCCAGACAGUGUGGACAUGGAACACAACACCACUGAUGACCAAAUGACUGAUAUUGGAAAAUAUGUACAUAGUAAAGGAAAUCCAGUCUUUUGUCCACCCCAGCAUAAUGUCCCUGAACCAGUAAAAACUGCCACCGUCAAUGCAGAUCUACCUCCCCAAUAUUGUAAUAAAGCCAACGAGACACCUCCCAGCCCAGAGCAAGACAAUCUAAUACAGCAGAAUACCCUGUAUGAUUCUGAAAUGGACAUGACCAUUACGGACAGUGCUGCUGAAAUAGUGACAGUUGACAUAAAUGCAAAAAGAAACUCGAAAGUUAUGGAAGAACACCCAGAAACAAAACACAUCAGAGAAGGUAGCGAGAGUACAUCUGCAGAUGAAAAAGAAACAGUUGGUACAAAUUAUACAGCAGCUGUGCCAAAAGAGAUAACCGCUACACAGCAUCGCUUGCCCGCUGUUCAGAAUGAGGUGGAAAUUUUACAAGAAACGAAUGAGAGCCAGUUUGUAGAAACCGAAUCAAUAACUGCAUGCAGGAAGACUCACGUCACAUCUCGUUACACUAAAAGUAGCCGGCGCACAUGCAAACAAAAAGAGCAGAACGCAGAUCCAAAGAAAACGUACCUAGUUUCUCAAGAUCCUCCCAGUGAUAUUUUAAAGGACGUGGAGCUUCGUAAUUCCGAAAAAAGCAAUUCACUUCCUCGGGAUGGAAGUCUUUUGUGCAAAGCUGUUAAACAUAAAUUAAAGGAGGCUCAUGCUACCAAGGGACCUAACAGUCAAAGUGAGAUGAACAGGAGAACAUUAGUAGUUCAAGAUGAGCUGAAACCUCACACAAGCAAAAGGACCAAAAUCCCAUACCUUGUUACGUAUCAAGAAUUAUUGCAUGUGCCUGAAAUUGUUGUAUGUGCUGGUACUGUGUGCACAGAGGCUCAGAGUACUGAUAUGCACAGCAGUGAGACCACAGUUCAAGUUAAAAAACAUAAAAACAAAACACCAGCACAUCCACAUUCUCUAUUAGAAGAAUGCAACACGCUGAAGAACAAAGGAACAUUUGUGAUUCAGGCAAGUCAAACGUUUGUCAGCAGUGACUCAACAGACAUUUUAAACAUAACCAAUGCACUGGAGGAUCCCAGACUAGGAGAUUCACAGGAAGUGACAUCAGAAACUCAAACGACUCGCUGUUCUAAUAAUAUAACAGAGGAUGUUUCAUGCAAGAUAUUGACGGGAAAUAGCCAUCAUCCAGAGUGUUCACAGGAUGUUAAUAUCAGUCUUGUACAGAAAGCAUCUGAAUUUGAAUCAUUAUUGCCCCUCAAAGCUAAGAAACACAGAAAAGAAGGGGCAGAUAAAAGGAUAAAGAGGAAAGCAGCAGCAAAAGAAAAAUCUAAAGCAAAGAAACAACGAAACAAACAUGCUCUGGAGAAGGAUGAAAAUUUGGAGACUUCAGGACAAACAGCAGAGUCUCAUUGUUCAGCCUUAGAGGAUGACUUCAGAAGUGAACUUAAUGCAAAAAACCCUAAAACAAACAUUGACAAGGCUGAUCAUUCGGACCAUAUGAACAUGAAUACUCUUCGUUUAAAUCCAAAUCAAACCAACCAAGGUCUUGACAGCAAGAGCGGGAAAACAUAUGUGAUUUCAUCUUGUAGUUCACCCAGUAACAGUAUGACGGGUUGUGUGGAUUCCAGCCUAAUUUCUGAAUCACAUCAUCUCACAGAUGGAAAUGAUGAGGUUUUAACUAAUAUGAACACAAGCAUGUUUCUCCUGGAGAGAUGUAAUGUGACUUUAGACAGCUUCCACAAACACAUAAAGGACCAGAGCCUACAAUUCAAAGGUGGUGUCAAUGAAGUGAACAUGGUUGAAAGCUGUAUCAACAGCCUGCAAUCAGAGGCCCACACUCCGACUAUAAACCAGGGUGAGGAAUCGGACAUAAUGCAUCAACCUCCCGAAGAAAGCAGGGUUAUGAAGAGUCUAACAAAUACAGACAUUAGUUCUGAUGGUGGGAGAACACGAAGGAGAGUUACACCAGUGUCCUACAAAGAGCCCACCCUCAACUGCAAAAUGAGGCGUGGAGACAAAUACUCAGAUACCAAGUUCUUGAACUCUCCGGUGUUCAAAGAUAAAAACAAGAAGAAGAAGCAAAUUUAGGAGAAAGGAAUAAUCUCCCAUUUUUAACACUUAAUUUAUUUUUUCUGCUUUUACUUACAUUUAGUCAUUUGUUGAUAAUACUUGUAUUAAAUAAACAGUUUUACCAAAUUGUUUUUAAUCAGAGCUGUUAUAUAUCCGUUCAGUCUGUUCGCAUGCAGUUUGUGUAAGGAGAUGUUUUUGAGUUUUAUGUGUUUUAAUAAUAAAAUUAAAGCACAUUUUUAUUAAAACAUA